AGGUCAUUCGGUGGCUAAUCGUUAAGAGUGAGUUUACCCAGUCUUUUUCCGCUUUCUCUGGAUGGUAGUCUUGAAUAAAGGUUUUGUAAGGAAACCAAGUAAAUUUAAGCAGGCUACAUCUCCGCUGUUUUAUAAAUUGUGGACACCUCCUUGAAAUCUGAAUUUUUGAUAAUAUCUUUAUCUCAAGGUUACAGCUUAACUAUUAAGUUGAUAUAAGAACGUCUUUUUAUGUUUUUACAAUGUUUUGAAUCUGAAAGAAUUUAGAGAGUAAUGCCAAAUUAAAAUUGUAAUUAAUACGACGUAUAAAAGAGCGUUACUGAAAUAAUUUUAAGUGUAGUGUGUAGUUUAGAGAAGAUUUAAAUAUUAUCAAAAGAAUUCCAGGAGACUUGAUUUUUUUGGAUAAUAUUAUGGAUGACGUCAAGGUCCAGAUCCCGGUUUCAGAGCUACGUUAUUACAUGCAGGAAUUAAAAACGGAAAUCUUGAACAAUCUUGAAGCUGAGAUCUCAUGUACCAUAGAAAGAACAAUACAUAAACUGGAACGCCACAACAAACCGAAGGUAGACAACGCUCACGAAAAAUGUAGCAGGUUGGAGAAAGAUGAACUUCCAGAAAAGAGAUUUUUUCUUCGUGAUUCUGUUCUCACAGACCUGUGGAAAGUUACACAUUUGUCAUCAGCUUAUAACAUCUGUGUUGCUAUGAUGCUUCUGCUCUAUUUCAACACAGUCCUACUCUACACAGUUGACACACAGAGGUUGGAAGAUGACAUGGCUAUUAUCAACUGGGCUGCUGGAAAACGAUCUGUUGUAAUUCUUCUUUGGUUGGGAAUGAAAAUGAGCACAACAUGUGUAGUUUACUUUUUGUUUAAGCAUUGGGCCUUACUUAGACCUAAAAAACUAAUUUUUGGUUUAUUGGAUUAUAUUUUUGCUUUGACGUACCUGGUUUAUCAAAUUAUAUUCUUCAUCAUUCCAGUAAUGAUACUAAUUUACUAUAAGCUACCUCCAAUAUCAUCCUUUGCUAUUUUGGCUGAACAGGUUCGACUUUCAAUGAAGACACAUGCUUUUGUCAGAGAAAACAUACCUCGUGCUGUUCAAUUCAAAUUACAUCAAGAUAAUGAUGAGAAAGACCCUAGACCUUAUCCAUGUUUUGCCAACUACUUGUAUUUUCUGUUUGCACCAACUUUAGUGUAUAGAGAUGUCUACCCAAGAACUUUCUGCAUCCGUUGGAACUACGUGGCUUGGAAUUUCCUGCAGUUUCUCACAUGCAUCUUCACGUCCUGUAUAGCCUUUCACAGAUUUGUUGUAGACAUCUUUCAGCAUGUGGGUCACAAGCCUUUCACCCCUGUUGACUUUGUCCUCACUUUGUCUGGUGCUAUGGCUGUUGGUAGUCUUGCCAUGUUCCUGGUAUUUUAUGGUUUUUUACACUGUUGGCUCAAUGCAUUUGCAGAACUUCUGUGUUUUGGUGAUCGUGUGUUCUAUCAGGAUUGGUGGAACUGUACAUCUUUUAGCAAAUACUACCGUACAUGGAAUUCAGUAGUCUAUGACUGGCUCUACAGCUAUAUAUAUAAGGAUUUCUAUCAGGUUUUAGGACGCAGCUCAGCCAUGGUUAUCGUAUUCUUGGUGUCAGCCAUUGUUCAUGAGUACAUUCUUGCAUUGACUUUCCGCUUCUUGUAUCCUGUGCUAUUCAUUCUAUUCAGCAGUUUUGGUGUAUUGGUUGUUUUCCUGACAAGACGCCGAACAUCAUCAGGUUGGAAUGUGUUCUUGUGGAUGUCCCUCUUUAUGGGCUGGGGUUUCCUAAUCAUGUUGUACAGUAUGGAAUGGUAUGCUAGAGCCAACAACUGUCCUUCAUAUGUGCAUCCUUAUUUAGACUACAUUGUACCUAGAUCAUGGAGUUGCAGUGUCUUCAAAAUUCACAGUUAUCAACGGAUUAUUGACAGCUAAACAAAGUGAUAAAAGAUGCAUCACCUAUUGUUUGAAGAAAAACAUAAAUUACUGCAGGAAAAUGAUUUAUAGUACUUUAAAUUGAGAAUAAUUGAUCAUUAAAAUUUUACUUUUUAUGUAGAGAAUUAAAAUAAAGAACAGAACAAUGAUUUUACUUUUAAUAAAUAAAGGAUUGAAUUUAAAUGACAGAUACUUCUGAAAUUAAAUGAAUGACUCAUAAAAUUUGUCGGAUGUAAUGAGAUAAUAAACAGCCUAAUCCAGGUAUAUAAAUUAUUAUAUUGUUUUAGAAAAGGAGACUAGGUAGGUCAAGUUACCUAAACACUUAUUAAUCUUUUCAUUACCCAUGGAGUAUAUGUGUCCCAGUCCUUUCUCGAGGCUAGUGAGAGUUAAGUACUGCUUAAGAUAUUAAUUAUAGGUUUCAAAAUUAUUUGUAGAAUCUUGGACUUGGAAUGUGUUCUUAAGUGGGAUAUGUCCAUAUUUUUGUGUCUAAAAUGUGUUUGCACCCUGAAAAGCAUGUUAUUCAUGUAUAUCUCAAAUAAAUAAAUACAAACUAAAUUUUUAAAA